AAGAGUGGGCGGAGCGGAACUCGGCUGGCACCGCCCCGCUGACCCGCUGUCCCCUUCCCUCCCUCAGCGAUGGGCGUGGAGCCCCCCAACUUCUCGUGGGUGCUCCCAGGCCGGCUGGCUGGGCUGGCGCUGCCGCGGCUCCCUGCCCACUACCAGUUCCUGUGGGACGGGGGCGUGCGGCACUUGGUGUCCCUGACGCAGCGCGGGCCCCCCUACAGCGACACCUGCCCCGACCUCACCCUGCACCGACUGCGCAUUCCUGACUUCUGCCCGCCGGCCCCCGACCAGAUCGACCGCUUCGUAAAGCUGGUGGACGAGGCCAACGCCCGGGGAGAGGUCAGCGGGCGGGGUGAGCGCAGGGAGGGAGGGACCCGGAAGGGCUCAGCCGGGACACGGACGGAGCUUGGGAGGUGUGGGCCGGCAGGCUUAGCUGGGCUUGGGGAGAGAGAUUGGGGAAAGACUGUAGGGGCAGGGGACUGCAGGUGCAUAACAAGGACCUAAGCCGAUGUGGGUGGGGGGGUUGUAAAUGGGAGGAGUCAAAGAGAGGGUGAAGCUGUGUGGAUUGGGCUGGAGGAAAGGCAAAUAGCUGAGGAGAAGCUGGGGGGAAUCAGCUAAUGUGAGUUGAGAAAGAGAAAGCGAUGGGCAGACGCGGAAGAAAAGGGAGUUGAAGUCAGAGAGGCUGUUUAGCAGACUGUAGAGGGACACUGUCCAAUCAACUGUAAUGGAGCCACAUAUGUCAUUUUUCAUUUUCUAGUCAGCACAAUUGAUAAAAACUAAAAAGAAGCAAGUAAAAUUAGUUUUGAUAAUAUCAAUUAUUUAAUCCCGUAAGCCAAGAAUGUUAUUUCAAAUUAUAAUCGAUAUAAAAUAAAUUCUUAAUGAAAAGUUUUUAUUCUUUUUUGUACUAUAUUUUCAAAAUCAGGUGUGCAUUUUAUA